GGUUUUUCAGACACCCCUCUCCCUCUCUCCCUCUCUCUCUCUCCCUUUUCCCUCCAUUUUCUCUCUCUCCCUGCUGUCCUACCUCUCCCAGUUGCCUCUCAGUCCCUCCCUGCUGCGGACGGCUUUCCCCUGCUGCCGUUCCCUGCUAGAUAUUCAGCAGACAUGGCCAACCACUCUAUAAUGUUGGUGAUGGUGGUGGUGAUGGUGGUGAUGGUGGUGGUGGAGGCCGCUAGCACAGGGCGUCGAAAAAACAACAACAACAACAACAACAAUUCUUCGAUCACAGUGCCAUCAGACUUACUACUUCGCCUAAUGGAUGUCACGCGUUCCCUACACCAGCUAAUGCCACUACAAAGACUAUCAGAGGACGACGCUGCUACUACUGCUACUACUACGGCUACAAGUGGUCUGCAGGGAACGAGCGGUGAGGAGCGGAUUCUAACACUGGCGCUGACUCAACACGCACUACUACAGCACAGAAUGGAGGACUUACUUACGCAGACCGGUAGAUGUGAAGCCCAGGUGGAAGCUCUCAAGGAAGACAAGGAGGAAUUAAAGAGAGAGAUAGCUCACUUGAAAGAGAGAGUGAGGCAGAUUCUCUCCCAAAAAAAUGGUAGCCCGCCGCCUCAACCCAAGAAGUUAAGUGGAAAAACGGAUUGCAACUGUUCUGCUUCUACUACUAUUCCUACUACUACUGCUACUACUACUACUACUACUACUACUGCUGUGCCUAGUAGUAGUGGGUUGUCUGCUACGGCGGCUACUGGGGUGUCUGCUACAACUGGUUCUGAGGCUAUUACUACUACUGCAGCUACUACUACUACUACUACUACUACUGCUACUACUACUGGUACCAAGCCUGUUGUGAUACUUGGAAGCGGUGUAAGGGUGAAGGACUGCGCGGGACACCAACUUGCGGGAGCCUCAGAAAACGGCGUCUACGAAAUCUACCCUUCGGAGUGCCGCGCUGUGAAGGUGUACUGUGACCUGGAGACGGCUGGGGGAGGUUGGACUAUUUUCCUUAACCGACAGGAGUUUAAAGACAGAGAAAAGCCGCAAGAGAAUUUUACAAGGAAUUGGAAUGAUUAUAAAAAUGGAUUUGGGGAUGUCACUGGCGAGUACUGGCUGGGAAACAAGAUUCUGCAUAUAUUAACAUCGAGAGAGCCACAUAUUCUUAGAGUUGACGCGGAGGACUUUGAAGGGAGUCGUAGAUGGGGCGAAUGGAGGAGGUUCAAGGUGGAGAACGAGAGCCAGGGGUACAAGUUGGUGUCGCUGCUGUACGACACCAACAGCACCCUGGGCGAUGGUCUCUUGUGGCACAGCGGGAUGCAGUUUUCGACCAUCGACCGUGACAACGACAAGCACAAGGGCAGCUGCGCGCACGAGUACAAGGGCGGAUUCUGGUACAACGUUUGCCACAACGCUAAUCCCACAGGCCUCCUCGUCAACAGUGACCAGUUCGACUCCGUGGGCUGGGUGUACUGGUCCCCCAAGCGCUAUAAGUGGGCAUCGCUGCGCUACCUCUCCCUCAAACUGCGCCCCAAGAGCUUCGGGGGCAGCGGGGGCGCCCACACAGACGGCCCUGGUGACUGCAGCGGCGGCGGCGGGGGAGGCAAGGAGGAGGAGGAGGAGGAGGAGGAAGACGAGGAGGAGGAGGUGUGAAGGGAGAGGAGAGGAGGAGGAGGUGUGUAUUAAGAGGAGGAGGAGGAGGAGGACGAGGAGAGAGGAGGAGGAGGAAGAGAAGGGACAGUAAGGUGAACUACCACUACUACGACUAUUACUACUACUACUACUACUUCUACUACUACUACGACUACUACUACUACGACUACUACUACUACUACUACUACUACUACUACCACUACUACUACUACUACUACUACUACUACUACUACUACUACUACUACUACUACUACAUUGUGAGUUCGUGCAAUGCGUGAAAAUCAACUUUGUAUUUCCAUUGAUAUAUAUGAAUGUUUACGUGUAUAUAAAACCGUCAAGCCACCACAGUUAACGGUACCAAAAACUGACUUAAGGGUACCAUAAAUUUCUUCUAUCGGUUCCAAAUCUGGUACCAAUACAAAUAACGGUACCAACAUCUGACUUAGUGGUACCCAAAAUCGGCUUCUAUCGGACCCAAAUCUGGCACCCAUACAAAUAACGGUACCAACAUCUGACUUAAGGGUACCCAAAACGGCUUCUAUCGGACCCAAAUCUGGCACCCAUACAAAUAACGGUACCAAAAUCUGACUAUAAGGGUACUCAAAAUCGGCUUCCAUUGGACCCAAAUCUGGAACCAACACAAAUAACGGUACCAAAAUCUGACUUGAGGGUACCAUAUACGGCUUCUAUCGGUUCCAAAUCUUUUACCGAUACAAAUAACGGUACCAAAAGCUGACUUAAGGGUACCCAAAACGGCUACUAUAGGAACCAAAUCUGGCACCAACACAAAUAAUGGUACCAAAAUCUGACUAAAUGGGUACCCAAAACGGCUUCUAUC